AGAUAUAUACAUUUUCUUCCUUGUUAAAUUUUCUUGUUCCCUCUUCAAAAAAAAAAAAAAAAAAAAAAAAAAGGAAAAAAGAAAGAAAAAAGAAAGUACUCUUGUUCAAACGCAUCUCCACCCGCAUUCAGUUCUAAGUUAGCGUCCAGAAGUAAAGCUCAAGCUAAAAGCUAAGAUCAACUUACCUGUGCCACACAAUGGAACUCGGGUCUAUGGUUGUGCAACCUCUAUUAUCAGCUUCUUUUGAGUGGCUUCUCCAAAGGUGGAUAAUUUCACUUCCAGUAGAUCCCAUAGGUUACAAGAAGAGGUCCACAUGGAGCUCCAAAAAUGGAAGUCCUUUUUACCACAUAUUCAUGAUGUGCUCAGAGAUGCAGAGGAAAAGCAAAGGGCUGUCAAUUCCAUCAAGACAUGGCUUGAUGACCUCAAGGACCUAGCUUAUGAUAUGGAAGACAUUCUGGAGGAAUUCACAACUAAUGGCUUGAGGAGUAGCUUGAUUGCAGAACCUCAAUGUGCCAGCACUACCAGCAAAUGCAUCCCCGCGUGCUUCUCUUAUUUCAAAUAUACUGAUUCCAUGUUUGAUUCCAACACCAUUUCUAAGGUGAAGGCUAUUUCUAAUAGGUUGCUAAGCAUGAUAGAAAGAUCAAACACACUCGGCUUACUGAGUUUAACCAUGCAAGCUGGAGAAUGGCCAGAUAAAGUAGAUGUUGCGAGGGUGCCCACUAGUUCCCUACCCGAUUCUCAUGUUUAUGGACGAGAAACUGAUAAAGUAGCUAUUCUUCAAAAGUUACUAAAUAAUGAAAGCAGUUCCCAAGGAUAUUCUGUAAUUCCUAUUGUUGGGAUGGGAGGAAUAGGCAAGACCACUUUGGCUCAAAAUGUUUACAAUGAAGUGGGGCAGGGAAGCUUUGAGCUUAAGGCAUGGGUUUGUGUCUCUGACCGAUUUGAUGUGUUAAGCAUUACAAGAUCCAUUUUGGAGGCAGUAUCUAGACGCCAGCAUGAUUUGAGAGAUUGGAAUUUGCUUCAAGAAGAAUUGAAGAAAGAGUUAUCAAGCAAGAAGUUUCUACUUGUUUUAGAUGAUGUUUGGAAUGAGGGUUACAGACAAUGGGAUACCUUGCAAAAACCUUUCCAAUCAGGAUCAGCUGGAAGCAAAAUAGUAGUAACAACUCGUAGCAAGCGUGUUGCAGAAAUCAUGGGUGGGAAUGACAGGAUUCACUAUCUAAAAGAGUUAGACUAUAAACAAUGCUUGUCGAUUUUUGCUCAACAUGCACUAGGAGAAGAUAACUUUAAUGCACAUCCAUGCUUAAAAGAGGUUGGGGAAGAAAUUGUCAAGAGAUGUAAUGGAUCACCGUUGGUUGCAAAAGUCCUUGGGGGCCUCUUACGAGGUAAGCAUGGCUUUGAAGACUGGAAAUUCAUAUUAAAUAAGAUGUUGAAUUUGCAAGAGGUCAAAAGCGAGAUUCUGCCGUCCUUGAUGCUGAGCUACCAUCAUCUACCUUCUCAUUUGAAGCAAUGUUUUGCAUAUUGUGCUGUGUUUCCUAAGCACUACGAAUUUGACAAGGAGGAGUUAGUUUUGUUAUGGAUGGCAGAAGGGCUACUAAGAGAGGAAAAUCAGCUGGAAGAAAUUGGUCAAAGAUAUUUUCUUGAGUUACUUUCAAGAUCAUUUUUCCAACAGUCCACCAAGAAUAAAUUACGGUAUGUAAUGCAUGACCUCAUACAUGAUUUAGCUGAAUUUGUUGCUGGAAGAACUUGCUACAAUCUAGAUCUAGAGGAUAUGUCUGAGGUUAAUAAAAAAUUUGAAGUGAAUUUUGGAAAGGUCCGUUAUCUGUCAUUCUACCCCCGCUAUUGUGACAUCUCUAAGAGAUUUGAAGUUUUGAAUGAAAUGAAGAGUUUGCGGAUGUUCAUUCCAACUAAUUCUGGUUUUGGUGGGAGUCAUUUAGCAAAGACAGUGGUGCUUGAUUGGAUACCAAAAUUAAGAUGCUUAAGGGUAUUAUCUCUUGACGGUUAUAGAAUAGGAGAGCUACCGAAUUCAAUGGGAGAUUUAAAACACUUGAAGUACCUUAAUUUCUCAGGAACUGAGAUCAAAAGCUUGCCCGAAUCCAUAGGCUCCCUUCUCCAAUUGCAGACACUGUCCUUAUUCUCCUGCAGGAAAUUUUCAAAGUUUCCUGUGAAAAUUGGGAACUUAAUUAGCCUCCAUCAUCUGGAUAUUAGGGAAACAAAUUCCCUAAAAGAGAUGCCAUUUGGAUUAGCUAACCUCAAACAUCUUUUGACAUUGGGCAAAUUUAUUGUGGGGAAGGAAAAUGGAUCCCUGAAAUUAUCUAAUUUGGAGAACUUUUCUCAACUUAAAGGGGAACUAUCUAUUCUAGAUUUGCAUAACGUUUCAAAUGCUCAUGAUGCUAAGAAGGCCAGCCUGGACAAGAUUGAUGGUCUUGAUUGGUUGCUCUUACAAUGGACUUCUGAAUUUGGCAAUUCUAAGAAUGAAGACAAGGAAAUGGAGGUCCUUAGCUGGUUAAAACCACAUCUAAAAUUGAAAAGUCUCUCAAUUAUUUGCUAUGGUGGCAAGGAAUUCCCAUCCUGGAUUAGUUGUCCAUCAUUUUCUAAUUUAUCAUACUUGAAGCUGUGCCAAUGUAGAAGAAGCACUUCAUUACCAUCAUUAGGGCAAUUACCAACACUCAAAGAAUUGAUUGUGGAAGGCAUGGAUGCAAUAGAAACGGUGGAUUACAUGUUUUAUGGAGAUGGCACUUUUAAAUCUCUUGAGAAGUUGGAGUUUUGUGACAUGUUAGUGUGGAAGGAAUGGACUUCUACAACAGAAGGUGGAGUAGGAUUCCCAUGUCUUCGUGAGCUUGUGAUUGAAAAUUGUCCUAAGCUGAUGGGAGAAUUACCUAGCCACUUGUCUUGUCUUACAAAUCUUGUAAUCAGAGGAUGCCCAGAGUUAAGAUGCCCAUCAUCUAUGAGUCUUCAGUCACUACAAAAGCUGAAUAUUGAAGACUGCAAUGUGGCCUUUUUGAAUAGCAUGGCUGAUCUCAUCUCUCUUACUAGCUUGGAAAUUAAGAGAAUUUCAGGACUUGUUUGCUUGGCUAGGAGUUUUAUUGAGUCCUUGAUAGCAGUUGAGGAGGUGGAGAUUAAAGAAUGCCUCGAGCUUACUUGUUUAUGGGAGGAAGGUGCCGAGAUAGAAAACCUUGCUUGUCUUGAGAAAAUGAACAUUGAGAGCUGUCCUCUGCUUGUUUCAUUGACGGGGAAAGAACAUGGCCUUCUUCCUUUCAAUCUUAAACAUCUCAGACUUUCAAGUUGCAAGGCUUUAAAGUCAUUAACUGAUGCGAUGAUGAUGAAGGUAGAUGGAAGCAGUAGCAGCAACAACAUCUUGAGAGUUGAAUCAUUAAGCAUCUACAAUUGUGAUUCUCUCAAGUCUUUACCCACCACCACCAUGGUUAAACACUUGACAAUUAAUGGAUGUGUCUAUUUUGAGUCUUUACCAGCUGGAGUAUUAUUGCAAGAUGAUGGUGACAACAAUAGCAAUCUUGAAUCUCUGAGUAUAGAGGGACUCCCACUUCUAAAUUCUGUUGGGAGUGGUCAUCUGCCAGCUUCUCUCAAGGAAUUUACUGUUGAAGAUUGCAAGAGGUUGGAAUCAUUUUCAGAGAGGAUGCUGGAACAUUGUACGGGAAUUGAAUCCCUUCGAAUUUGGAAUUGUGAAGUAUUGAGAAGCUUAUCACUUGAUGGCCUCAGCAAUCUUCGUGAUUUGAACAUUAGAAGGUGUGCAGUUUUAGAAAUCUUCCCAAAAAUGGGCCUCUCCUUGCCCAAUCUUAGGUCUUUGACAAUUAGAGACUGUCCAGGGUUGGAGCGCAUUCCAGAUGGGGAUUUUCCCCCGAACUUAACAAAUCUUGAAUUAGACGGUGAGCAUCUGAAGCAGCCAGCAGUGAAACGGGGCCUCCGCAAUCUUACCUCUCUUCAAAACUUUGAAAUUUAUAACACGUGUCCUCCUCCGGAUAUUGUGCUUCCUUCUUCUUUAACAUAUCUACGGAUAGAAAAUGAAAAGAAUCUGAAAUCCAUACCCAGAGGGCUCCUCCAAAACCUCAACUCUCUUAAAUAUUUAUGGAUUUUGAGGUGCCCAAAGCUACAGUCCUUGCCGAGGAAAGGCCUGCCUCCGUCGCUUGGAUCUCUCUGGAUCUAUGAGUGUCCGCUUCUAAAACGACAACGCUUUGAGGAGAAAGGAGAAUAUUGGUCUCUCACCCAUACCAUCCCUCGCAUCGUAAUAGAUGGUGAUGAGGUAAAACCUAGACUCAAACUCACACUCUGACAUAGAGACAAACAAGGAUAGCCUCUUCUUCUUCUUCUUCUAAUUGUUGGAAGCUAACUUUUCUUACACAUAUUCAUCAGCUAUAACCACCAAAGCCAAUUGUUACCUGAGUGAAAUCUGGAAUGAAGCUACAGACUUAUUAUUAUUGAGUUUGAUCUUAAUUAGGUACCAUAUUACUGCCAGAACAGUACUUGGGAAACCCAUAUCUUUGGAGAUAGCUUCCUUGUAGAUACCUCCAUGAUUCUUGCAUCCGGACUCAGUUUGCAAAUUGUGUUUGCGGAACCAUCUUUACCAUUUGAUCUAGGGUGGGCAGCCUGCCAGAUAGGCCAGUAGACCGAGCUGUUGUUCUUUGGCAAUGUUUAAUUCUCAGUUAUUUCCAGUUAGCUUAAACAAUUGUAAGUGCAACUUUGCAAGAACACCAUUUUACUUAUGAAUGGUAUUAAAUUGUCUUCUAGUUC